AAUUAUAAUGAAUUUCUACAAGCAGACAGUCGAAGAGGCAUUGGAUCAAAAUGCAGAAAGUGAAGAAAAAUGGAAAAAUUAUAAAGAUACUGUUGGUGAAACCCGGAAAACAGUUAAUACAUUUCUAAAAUCUUUUAAAAUGGAAGUAAUGGUACCACUUGGCAAGAAGGCCUUCGUCAGAGGAACUCUACAGCACACAAAUGAUGUCUUAGUGUCGCAUAGCAGUAAUUAUUUCUCUGCUGUAUCAAAUUGUCAAGCAAAUGAGAUUUUAAAGCGUAGAAACAUAGUUUGUGAACAGAAAUUAAAGGAACUGGAUAUAGAGGAGAAUCUCUUCAGAGGCAAACUGGAUAUUUCAAGAAAUGAUGCAUUUUCUGAACAAGAGAUUAUUGAGGAAUACAAUGAGGAAGCUGAGACUGAAUGGAGAAAUAGGCAUCGAGAAAGCAUCAAAAAGCAUAAACAACAAGAAGCUGAAGAGCGAAAAACUCUAGAAAACAGUCAGAUCACCAAUUUGUUAGAUCAGUAUGAAUUAAUAGAAGAAAUGACUGGUGAAUUGGAAGGUCUAGAAGAAAAUGAAGACUACGACUAUGAAACGUUAUUAAAGUUCAUUGAAAAGGCACCAGAAACUAAGAUAAGGGUAGCUCAUGAUGUGAAUUUGAACGAGAUACAAACAUACAAUGAAGUUAAACUUCCAGAAAUCAAUAGUGGGGCAAUUUCUAAGCAACAAGGUAUAUCCAUUGAACCCAAACAAAUUCGGGAUGUUGAAAAGCAGGAAUUAAUUAACGAUAAAGAAAAUCAGUCGAUUAAUAAUUCAGAUUCAAAGAAGAAGAAGCCUCGAAGGAAAGUCAGAUUCUCGACAUCAUUAGAAGAUGUCAAAAUCAUUGAAGCUACUACUGGACAGUCUGCAUUUCCACCGAUUCAAAUUACUUUUGAGCAUUCUAAUGAGAGAUUUAAUCCAGAAAUUUACAGUGGAAAUGAUGAUGAUGUACAGUUUAAACAUCCAGGAGAGAUUAUCAAGAUUCUCAGCACUAUUGGUCCAGAACAUCAGAAGCAAAAAUCUAUUCUCAAAGAAACAAAUUACAAAUAUGAUAAAAAUACUGAUCCAAAGCUUCAAAGUCACGCAACUGUUGACGAGGAUAUUUACGAUUCUCUUUCGAAAUUUCCACUAAUUUGCGGUGAAGUCAUCGAAAGGAAAACUGAAGACGUGAAAAUUGUCAAUGAAAAUGAAAAAACAGGGAAAAAAACUAGUAAAUUUAAGGUUUUAAGAAGUAAAAUAAAGUAAAUUUUUUAAACGUAUGAAUAAAAUUCAAAAUAUUAAGCAAACUA